AGACAUCAUUCGCAACCCUUAUCAAAUUUGUUGGAGUUCAACUUUAAUCGAAGUUACAAAAAUUGCACAAAGAUGGCAGGAGGUGCCGCCUCGGUGCUGCGCAGCAAUACCCAGGAAGGACGUUCAAAUACAACCGUGGACAAUUCAUCAUCAUCCAAAUAUACACGAGCAGCGCCCAACUUUAUGUUGACUUCACAUUCGGAGGCCUUACUGCAGGGUUUAAAUGCUUUGCGAUGUUCCGAUAAACUUUUCGAUGUCACACUCAUUGUUGAGGGUAGGACAUUUAAGGCCCACCGUGUUGUACUUGCAGCCUGCAGUGAUUAUUUCUGUGCCAUGUUCACAGAUGCCAUGCGGGAAGCUCGUCAAUCAGAGAUAAAAUUGAAUGGUGUCAAUGCCCGUGGCAUUGAAUUACUCAUAGAAUAUGCCUACACAUCUAAGCUAGAGCUGGAUCGAAAUAAUGUUCAAGAUGUUCUCUCGGUGUCCACACAUGUACAGAUGAAAGCCGUCAUAGAGGCUUGUUCCAAUUAUUUGGAAUCACAAAUUGAUUUGGAGAAUUGUGUAGCGAUUGCGGCACUGGCAGAUCUAUACGCCUUGGAUGCUUUGAAACGUAAAACGUAUCGUUUUAUAUGUUCGCGUUUGGAUGAAUUUGCACAAACACCAGAUCUGAUGAAUUUGACAUGGGAUCAGUUGGAUUAUAUUUUGUCAUGCAAUUAUCCCGUUGACUGUCGGGAAGAACGUGUGCUACAAAUCACAUUGCAAUAUUGUCUAGAGACGCGAUUGAAGGUAGAGCUGGCCCGUUUAUUAUUUGCCAAAGUGCGUUUCAAUCAAAUCGAAGCAAACGAGGUGAAUACCCUACUUUCCAAUACCGAAUCGGCUGAAGAGGAUUCGCAACAAUAUGUCGAUGCUGUAAGACAGGAGAUGCAAAAACAGGAGCAAGUUCGUAAACAUAAUGCAAAGGAUUGUGAUGAAGUCAUCUGCUCCAAAGUUUUGAUCAACUCGCGAGGCAUGGAAUUGGCUUUGGUGAAAAUUGGAGGCUUUGAAACGAAUGGCCUGACCAACCAGAUAAGUUGUUUCCUGCCAUCUGUGGGCAAAUGGGAAAGUUUAACUGUGAUUCCCCACAUAGAGCAAUGCAAUUAUGGCACUGCGGUUUUGGGUAAUGAUCUGUAUAUUGUAGGCGGUUCAUAUGAUGUCUGUCUUAAGGAAUACAUACACCCCUUUGGCUUUCGCUAUUGCCCGACAAAAGACAAAUGGAAGACCAUAGCUCCCAUACAGGCAGAUCGUUGUCGUUUCUCCUUGAAUGCCAUGGGAAAUUUCCUAUAUGCUGUGGGAGGUGUUUGUGAGUUGAAUGAUAACGAUGGCGACCACUGGGCCAAUGAAAUGGCUCAAUCGAAUUGUGAGCGUUAUAAUGCCAGUGCCGAUCGUUGGGAAUAUCUACCAGCUUUAAGUGAAAAUCGUAGUCAACAUGCCGGAGUGGUGUUGGGAGAUAAAUUGUAUAUAUCAGGUGGCAUUGAUCGUCACAUGGUCCUACCAUCUCUAUGGUGUUUCGAUACCGUGACCGAAAAAUGGAACAAGCUGUGCCAAAUGCCCACACCGCGAGCUGAUCAUAUACUUAUUGCCAUGGAUGGUCAUAUAUACGCAUGUGGAGGCUGGUAUGAGCAUAGCAUAACGGAGACAAGGGUUCUGGCCGAAACGAUAGAUGUCUAUGACAUCGAAACGGACACCUGGUCUACAGAGUCGACUAAUCCUAUGCCGAAAUAUUACACUGGGGUGGCAGCUGUUAAAAAACGCAUUUACUUCAUUGGAGGACUGUUGUCAUCGGCCACCAUAAAUCGGGCAACAUCGUCGGUACAAUGUUAUGAUUUAGAGACCAAACAAUGGUCGUUUAAUGUUGAAUGGGAAUAUCCCAAAGAGGUGUGGGAGUGUACAUGUGCGGCUUUUUAUGUACCAGAAGAAAGGGAUGAAUUAUUUUGGGGUGAAAGUGCGUAA